UUAGCUUCCGGUGUGUUAGCUUGGCUCCAUGGUAAACAGCGCUAGCCGUUAGCUGUCGGUGCUAAUGGUGCUAACGGUGCUAACCUGAGUACCAGACAGGUGAAGAGCAGGUGAACCUCGCCCGGAGCAUUAUGGCCUCCCCUGUCCCCCUGUCCUCCCUGCGGCUCCUCGUCCCCCCCCUCCGCCUGCUGACAGCGGCCAUGUUGCAGGUCGCUCAGCGUCAGAGCCUGAAGCACUAUGGGAUGCUGGAGGACUUUGUGUCCAUGGUGACGGAGGCGGUGCCCCAGCUGCUGACGGACAGACAGAGGUUGCUCCUGCUGGCGGCUCUGAGGGCCAAGGUGGCGCUCUCUGACUCUGAGGACGUCCCCACUCACCUGGACAGGAUCCGCCCCGGCUCCCAGGCGACGCGGCAGGACCACGAGGCAGACGACUGGUGUUCGGCUCUGUUCACUCUGACUGACAAGGUGACCCGGAGCCCUGUGGACAGACAGCGCCUCCUGCAGGAAGUGUUUAAUCAGAGUUUUGACUCCGCCCUCCAGUCCCUUGUGUCUGACUUCCUCUCCAGGAUAGAGCAGAUGUUUCCUGUGCCCGACUUAAAACAGUCUGCUUCCUGGCUCGAUGCUGCCCCUGCUGGUGUGGAGGGCUGUCUGCAGGAGGCGCAGCGUGAAGAGCUGAGGAAGCUGCUGACCAAUCAGAGCUGUUCUCUGGGCCAAGCCACCACCACAGUGAGUCGAGACUCCGAGAGGAUUCUCCUCUCCGCCUGGUCCCACCCACUCUUCACCAAGCUGACCAAUCCCGAGCCACCGCCUGCUGACACUCGAGGUGCGGUCGGCUGUUCACAGCCCGACGUGGAGCUGGUGAAGGAGGAGGUGGUGGUGAUGACGGAGGACGAGCAGGAGGAAGUGGAGGAGGCCGUGAUUGGUCGGAUCGUGGAGCCAGUGGAGCAGAAAGCGGCGGCUGGCGAGGAAUGCUCCGAAGCAACCGUGAUGCUGCUGGUGGACGGGUUGAAGGACUCACCUGGAAACUCUGCCGACCAAUCAGAAGACACAGUCGACCAAUCAGAUCAGUCGUGCUCCGAGGUCACAGCUCUGUACAGCAUUUCCCAUAAUUCUCAGCGUGUGGCUCACAAGUGUCCUCAGUGCAGCAAGUGCUUCAUCUACCGUUCUCAGGUGAUCCGUCACCUGCGCACCAACAAGUCCUGCGGCGCCACCUUAACCACGGCAGGAGUUGUGAACUUGCCGGAUCCAUCAGGCGGUCGUGACGAGGAGCCGCGCCCCCCUGAGCCCCGCCUCCCAGAGCCCCGCCCCGCCAGAACCCUGUCCUGCUUCCAGUGUAACGCCGUUUUCAUAACCAAAGCCGAGCUGCUGUCGCACCAGCGCAGCCACCGGGCGCGACCCGUGUACCAGUGUGGUCAGUGCGACAAGGAGUUCCACCACCUGUCCAGCCUGACCAAUCACAAGCAGACACACCUGCACCAGGGCGGCUUCACCUGCAGCCGCUGCGACAAAGCGUUUGAGUCGCCGGCGGAGCGAGACGCCCACAAGCUGCAGCACCGGCUGCCCGACCUCACGUGCACGGUGUGCGAGCAGACGCUGGGCUCGCACACGCUGCUGCUGCGCCACCUGCAGACGCACUCGGUGGAGGGCGCCCAGCCGCGCUACAGCUGCCGCUUCUGUGAGCUGAGCUUCUCAGGUGUGACUGAGCUUCGUAUCCACCAGCGCACGCACACGCCCCGCUCCUACCAGUGUGACCAGUGCAGUAAGACGUACAGCUCGCUCACCGGCCUCCAGUCUCACCGGGCGAGCCACAGCACCGAGAGCCGCUUCCUGUGUCCGCAGUGCGGCAAGCGCUUCAAGACGCGGGACGGGCUGGAGGGACACCUCAGGACGCACAGCGGCGAGCGGCCCUACCGCUGCCCCUACUGCCCCAAAGACUUCACCGCGCUCGCCGGCCUCAACGUGCACGUGCGGCGGCACACCGGGGAGCGCCCGUACGUGUGCACGGUGUGCGGUAAGGGCUGGCCGUCCGGAGGCGACCUGCAGAAACACAUGAGGACGCACACGGGAGAGCGACCCUACGUCUGUCAGGACUGUGGGAAGGCCUUCUCCAUUUCCUGUCACCUGACCGAGCACCGGAGAAUACACACAGGAGAGAAGCCGUUCUCGUGUCCAGAUUGUGGUAAAUGUCUGAGGAGGAAGUUCGACCUGAAGAAACACAUGUUGUCUCACAGCAGCGUUCGACCCUACGCCUGCGUCUACUGCGCCAAGAGCUACACACGCAAAACUCACCUGAGCCGCCACCUGCUCACACACCGCACCCCCGCCGCCCACGUGGAGGCGGAGCCCAGCGACCAGGAGCCAAACACGCCCCCUGCUGUCUGCACAUGACCCUCAAUGCAGUGUUCAUCUUUUACAAAGUGAAUCAUUGUGAAUUCAAAUGAUCAAAACUUCAUCAACAUCAUGAAGAUUCCUUCCCUCCGUCUCUGAGCUGAUCUCAUGAGGAAUGAUGAUUGACAGUUUGUCUUCUUCCUCUGACUUGAAACUACGAAUGUAAAGUUAUUAGAACGGAUUGUGACUGUUGAUGUUGCCAUGGAGAUUCUGUGUGAUGUUCGAUAUCCACAUAUUUUUACAGGUUUUGAAAUGAGACCAGAGGCGAAUGUCAUAGACAGGAAGUGAGCUUUAUUAAGCCUGGUGAGAACAGGAAGUGUGUUAGUGGCUCCUCCUCCCUGCUCGGUGAUGCUCCUCCUGCUCAGUCGGUGCUGCUGAUGGUUUUCCUGAUCCAGCGGCUCAGCCGGUACAGGUGAGUGUAGAACCCGUACUUCCCGUCCCGGUCGCAGCCCUCGCCCCACGACACGAUGCCCAUCUGGUACCAGCGGUCCUCUGACGGGUACUGACCGGGAAACACAGACCGUCAGUUGAUCUUUAAAUCACAGACUCAUCAGAAACUGCUGUGAUUGUUCUGUUAUAAUCCUCCGAUAAAACCAAACCUUUCAGAAAUGUGCUCUGUGGUCAUCUAGGUUCAUUGUUUCAUCACUUGGUUGAUAUUUCAUCAGGUUUAUCAAUAACAGAAAAGGGGAUUUGAUUUGCUCCUGUUUGUAAUAACGAUGAAGAACUGGUUUCUAAAUCAGAUCCAAGUGUUUUGAUUAAUCAGCUGGAAUCAUAUAAUCUGUAUCUAUGUAGUUUAGACUAAAAACUUAAAUAUCUUAUGUAUAAACCAGCUAUUCCAUGUUGAAGAUAUUAAACAGAUUCAGUAUUGGGAAUCAAACCUUCAUCACAAA